UGCAAAUGUAAAGCAAGGUAUAUAAAAGCCCAGAGUGCUGCUGUGACAACUCAGAGAUCUCAGCUCAGAAAUGGCCUUCCUUUGGAUCGUGUCCUGCCUUGCUUUCAUUGGAGCAGCCUAUGGCUGUGGCAAUCCUGCCAUUCCCCCUGUCAUCACUGGCUACUCCAGGAUUGUGAAUGGCGAGGAGGCAGUGCCACACUCAUGGCCCUGGCAGGUGUCUCUGCAGGACUCUACUGGCUUCCACUUCUGUGGUGGAUCCCUGAUCAAUCAAAUGUGGGUCGUGACUGCUGCUCACUGCAAUGUGAGAACCUCUCACCGUGUCAUCCUGGGUGAGCAUGAUCGUUCCUCCAACUCUGAGCCCAUUCAGACCAUGGCUGUUGGCCAGGUCUUCAGGCAUCCCAACUACAGCAGCUUCACCAUCAACAAUGACAUCACGCUGAUCAAACUGGCCACCCCUGCUCAGCUCAACACACGUGUAUCUCCUGUGUGCCUUGCUGAAACAUCUGACAGCUUCCCUGGUGGAAUGAAGUGUGUGACCUCUGGAUGGGGUCUGACCAGAUACAAUGCCCCUGAUACCCCUGCUCUGCUCCAGCAGGCCACUCUGCCUCUGCUGACCAACGAUGAGUGCAGGCGUUUCUGGGGAAGCAAUAUCACAGAUAAGAUGAUUUGUGCUGGUGCCGCCGGUGCCUCUUCCUGCAUGGGGGAUUCCGGUGGUCCUCUGGUCUGUCAGAAGAGUAACGUCUGGACUCUGGUUGGUAUCGUGUCUUGGGGCAGUAGCACGUGCUCCACCUCCACUCCCGCAGUGUAUGCUCGUGUUACUGAGCUCCGUACCUGGAUUGACCAGACCAUUGCUGCAAACUAA